AUGCAGCAGGCACCCAGCGUCGUGCUGGCGGCGGUCGUGCUGGCGGCGGCGGCGUUCAACCAGCUCUCCGCCGUCGACAGCCUGCCGUCGCGGGCGCGGGGGCUCAUGGCCUAUCUGGCAGGCAGCGAGCACGCCGGCGCCGGCUCCUCCAUGCCGCUGCACUCUCGCUGGUGGCCCGCGGCGGCGGCGGGCACCCGCGGCCCACCCGCGGCCCUCUACUCCCGCCUCUGGGGCGUGAUGGGCGAGAGCUGGACCGCAGAUGGGCCCAUCCCAGACUUCAGCUUCGCAGGCUACCGCGGCGGCACGGAGCCCAUCCCGGGCCCGCCGCUGACCCGCAAUUUCAGGCAGUUCAAGCGGGGCCACAAGGGGCGGUCCAGCACCGAGGCCCUGGAGGCGAUGGUGGCCUGGGCCAACAAGCAGCCGCCGGAUGCGGGCUGGGUGGUGCUCUACAUGCCGGUCGGCACCUUCACAAUUGAGCGACCCAUCACCAUAACGCGCCCAAAGACGGUGCUACGCGGGGCGGGCCGCACCAAGACCACCCUGUACCUGCCCAACAGCCUGGCGGGGGCGGCAGACGGCAAGAAGGGCGCCGUGCCCAUGCCCGCGGCCUGGAUCAAUGUGGAGGGAGGGUGGGAGGAGCGGCAGCUGGCGCGGGUGGUGGCGGCGGCGCCGCGGGGCGCCUCCACCCUGCAGGUGGACGACCCCUCUGGCCUCAAGGCUGGCCAGCUGGUCACUCUGGUAUAUGAAGGCGACAGCAACGGCAGCAACGGCGGCGGCGGCGACGGGGAGUCGAUGCAAGAGGCUGGGGAGGGAGCCGUGCGCUUCACCAGCCGCGUGCUGGCCGUCACAAACCACGAGGUCACCCUGGAGCGGCCGCUGCCGCUUGCUGUGCGGCCCGAGCUGGAGCCAGUCCUGGUCCGCCGCACGGCCGCCGCGCACGACGUGGGCAUCGAGCGCCUCUCGCUGCGGUUCAAGUGGCAGCCCUACGCCGGGCACGCCGCCGGGGAGAAGCAGGGGGCCGGGCGCACGGGCGUGCGGCUGUCGGGGGCCGCCGACUGCUGGGUUAGCGACGUGGGGGUGGUGAAUGGGGAUGAGGGGGUGGCGGUGGAGGGCAGCGAGAGGGUGACGGUGCGGCUGCUGGAUGUGUCGGCCACCAAGCCGCGGCACGGCGGCCCCGAGCGGGCGGAGGGGCACUGGGGCGUACGUGUCGGCGGCGGCAGCGCAGACAUCCUCGUCACCGACUUUCUGGUGCACACGCGCAUGGUGCACGGCGUGGGGGUGCGGGGCGCCGCCCGGCUCUGCGUCUUUGAGCGCGGCUUCCUGACUGAGGGCAACCUGGAGCUGCACAGCCCCGCCGCCUCCCAGAUCCUGUUUACCGAUGUGCAUGUGGGCGACACACCUGGCGGCUUCGCCUCUGCCAGCCCGCCCUCCUCAAGACCCAACACUGGGCUGCCAGCCCGCACCGUGUUCUGGAACGUUCGCAGCUACGGCGGCACGCACCUGCCGCCGCGGCACAGCGACGACGGCGGCGGCGGCGGCGGCAGCUGCGGCUAUGGCUCGGAGCUGACGUUUGUGGGCGUGAAGUUUGAGCUGGCGGCGGGCAGCAGCACGCCAUGCCAAGGGUGGCACUAUGAGCCGGGGCCCAUCACCCCGCCAAACCUGGCAUGGGCGCAGCGGGUGCGGCGGCGCAGCCAGCAGGCCCAGGCGGCGGCCGGCGGGGAAGAGGGCCCGCUUGCGGCUGAGCGGCCCGCCUCGGUGGCGGAGAUCAAGUUGAUAUGCGCCGGGAAGUUUCUAGAAAACAACGUAGUUCUUGGCAGCUUGCGGCAUGUGUUUGGAGAGCCGGGUUCCGACACAAUCGUGACGAUGCAUGUGGUGCUGCGGCCACCCCAGCUAGCCAAGGUGUCGGGCCCCAAGCAGCAGGAGCAGCAGAGCAAAGGCUGCUGUGUCAUCAGCUGA